UCCGCCCGCUCCGGCCUCGUCCGCCGGCCGCCGCCAUGUCGCAGCCGUCCCCUCGGGCCAAGCCCUCCAACCCCAGCAACCCCCGGGUUUUCUUCGAUGUGGACGUCGGCGGGGAGCGAGUUGGUCGGAUUGUCUUCGAACUAUUUGCAGAUAUCGUGCCCAAAACAGCAGAAAAUUUCCGCGCUUUGUGUACAGGAGAAAAAGGCAUUGGGCCCACAACUGGGAAACCUCUCCAUUUCAAAGGAUGCCCAUUUCAUCGAAUUAUCAAGAAAUUCAUGAUUCAGGGUGGAGACUUCUCAAAUCAGAAUGGGACAGGUGGAGAGAGUAUUUAUGGAGAAAAAUUUGAAGAUGAAAACUUUCAUUAUAAGCACGACCAGGAGGGCUUGCUGAGCAUGGCAAAUGCCGGCCGGGACACCAACGGUUCCCAGUUCUUCAUCACCACCGUGCCAACUCCUCAUCUGGACGAGAAGCACGUGGUGUUCGGCCAAGUGAUGAAAGGAAUGGGAGUGGCGAAAAUUCUGGAAAAUGUUGAAGUUAAAGGUGAAAAUCCCGAACAGUUGUGCGUGAUUGCAGAAUGUGGAGAGUUGAAAGAAGGGGAUGACUGGGGAAUUUCCCCAAAGGAUGGCUCAGGGGAUGCUUAUCCAGACUUCCCUGAAGAUUCAGAUAUUAACUUAAAAGAUGUAGACAAAAUUCUGACUGUAGCCGAAGACUUAAAGAAUAUUGGAAACACAUUCUUCAAGUCCCAGAACUGGGAGUUAGCGAUUAAAAAAUAUUCAAAAGUUUUAAGAUACGUAGAAUGUUCAAAGGCUGCUGCUGAGGAUACAUCAAAACUGAACCCAGUAGCUCUAAGCUGUAUCCUAAAUAUUGCUGCUUGUAAACUGAAGAUGUCCAAUUGGCAGGGAGCCAUUGAAAGCUGUAUUGAGGCUUUAGCAAUAGACCCAUCGAACACCAAAGCACUUUAUCGCCGGGCCCAAGGAUGGCAGGGAAUAAAGGAGUAUGACCAGGCAUUGGCUGAUCUUAAGAAGGCACAAGAUAUAACCCCUGAAGACAAAGCUAUCCAGGCAGAGACACUGAGAGUCAAACAGAAGAUUAAGGCGCAAAAGGAAAAAGAAAAAGCAGCUUACGCCAAAAUGUUUGCUUAAGAAAUUUUGUUUAAAGAAUGCACUGAUUGUGAACCCAUCUACUAUGAAGAUUUAAAGACUGUGGGAUGGAGGCAUUCCAGAUCGCAGUGAAUACUGAAACCAUGUUCCUUCUUGUUUACUGGUAGGAGAUUCAGAUAGCAAUUACCCUAAAUAAAAGCGUUGAAACCUGA